AGCGGGAGGAACGGGAGGGGAGAAAGGAGGAAAAGGAAACGAGAGAGGAUCGCCCCGCCCCAGCCCGCAGGGUCCUGGGAAGAAGGAGCUCGUCCCAAAGAUCUCGACCAGGAUUUCUCCUUCCCAAACCUUGGCUGGAUGGAGGAGAAGACUGUGAGGAAGAGGAAGAUGCCCCAGGACGCCCAGGCAGGCCCCGAGCUGAGGAUGGAGAGCCCGGAGGACAAAUCCCCCCGUCAGAGCCUGGUGGGAGAGGCCGUUUUGAAGGGCUCCACGGUGCAGGAAGGCAGCGGGGAGGAAAAGCCACGAAGGUACCCCAGGAGGAGGGGCUCCAAAGCCAGCCCAGGGUGCUCUGAGGAGGAAAGACCCAGCCUGUGCCAGGAAGACGGCCAGAGCUUGAGCCAGAGCUCCAACCAGGAGGUCCAUGAGCAGCUUCACAGCAGAGAAAAGUCCUUCAAGUGCUUGGAGUGUGGGAAGUGCUUCAGGCAGAGCUCCCACCUCCUUUCCCACCAGCGCAUCCACACUGGAGAACGUCCUUACACAUGUGGGAAAUGUGGGAAGAGCUUCAGUGAAAGCUCCAGCCUGAGCAGACACCAGAAGAUCCACACUGAGAAACGACCCUACAAGUGCUUGGAAUGUGGGAAGUGCUUCAGGCAGAGCUCCAACCUCCUUGCCCAUCAGCAUAUCCACACUGGAGAACGUCCCUACACAUGUGGGAAAUGUGGGAAGAGCUUCAGUGACAACUGCACCCUGAGCAGACACCAGAAGAUCCACACUGAGGAACGACCCUACAAGUGCUUGGAAUGUGGGAAGAGCUUCAAUGACAGGUCAAGCCUGAGACGACAUCAGCAUAUCCACACUGGAGAGCGGCCCUACAAGUGUGGGAAAUGUGGGAAGAGCUUCAGCCGCAGCUCCCACCUGAUCAUCCACCAGAUCAUCCACACUGGGGAGCGACCCUACAAGUGCUUGGAAUGUGGGAAAAGCUUCAGUGACAGCUCCUACCUCCUCACCCACCAGAAGAUCCACACUGGGGAACGGCCCUACAAGUGUGAGGAAUGUGGGAAGAGCUUCAUAAAGAGCUCCAAUCUCCUCAGCCACCAGCGCAUCCACACUGGGGAACAGCCCUACACGUGUGGGGAAUGUGGGAAGAGCUUCAGACAGAGUUCCCACCUGAUCCACCACCAGCAGAUCCAUACUGGGGAACGGCCCUAUCCAUGUGAAUGUGGGAAGAGCUUCAGCCGCAUUUCCAGCCUCCUCACCCACCAGCGGGUGCACAGCGGAGAGCGGCCCUACACCUGCUUGGAGUGCAGGAAGAGCUUUAGCGACAGCUCCACCCUCAUCCGCCACCAGAAGAUCCACACCGGGGAACGGCCCUACAAGUGUGGGGAAUGUGGGAAGAGGUUUCAGACCAGCGGGAAUCUCCUCAAGCAUCAGCGGACGCACACGGGGGAGAGGCCCUUCCGCUGCACCGACUGUGGGAAGAGCUUCAACCAGAGCUCCCACCUCGUCAGGCACCGGCGCAUCCACAGCGGGGAGAGGCCCUACAAGUGUGACGAGUGUGAAAAGAGCUUCUCCCACAGCUCUACCUUGACCAAACACCAACGGACCCACCAGUAAGAGAAGUCCUGCAAGUGCCCUGAUUGCGGGAAGAGCUUUGUCUGCUGCUCCAACUCCAUCAACCAUCAAA